AUGAUCUUCUCAAGGCUGGUAGUGCUCCUUGCGGGCGCUGCAGUGUCCGUUCACUGCAAUGCAAUCGACAGUAGACAAACCAACAAGCCCAGCAUCCGCCCCAAUCCUUCCGGCGGCCACUGGGUCGAUGCAUUUGCAACAAUGCCCCAGCUCACUGAGCCAGCAAAUUUACCACCAGCACCAUUUAACCAAACCGGAGCUGUCUUCGUCAACAGUACCGUUCGUCAGACGCUCUACGUGACCACCGACGCCAAUCAGAUCCGCCUGAAAUUCACAAACGUCUUUGGUGGCUCCAACCUCCCCAUCACCGCUGUUACUGUCGCACUUCCCGCAAACCAGACCGCUGGUAUCUACGACAUCCAGCCUCAGACGCUUCAAAAGGUCACUUUUGGUGGUGAAGAUGGAAUCAGUGUCCCCAACGGCGCACUCGCCGUAUCGGAUCCUAUCAACUUCCCAAUCAAGGCACAACAAGUCAUCACCGUAACCAUGUAUCUCGCAGCUGGUCAGAGGACAAACAGCAUCACUAGCCAUCCAGGAUCCCGGACAACCAGCUGGUGGCAAUUUGGCAACGCCGUUAGUGCGCCAAGUCUAGCUAUUACCAACCCAGCGACACAAUCAGCAGCGCAUUGGUACUUCAUUUCAUCGAUUGAAGCCUGGGUCCCACAAAAUGUCGGCUCACUCCUCAUCAUCGGUGAUAGCAUCACGGACGGCCGUGGCUCCACCACUGACAAGAACAACCGAUGGCCAAAUCUCCUCCUCGCCCGCCUCCAGAAGAACCCAGCCACAAAGUCCAUCUCCAUUGGCAACCUUGCUGCAGGCGGAAACCGUAUUCUCGCAGACGGCCUCGGUCCAAAUGCCUUUGGCCGUGUUGACCGCGACGUCCUCGCCCACCCAGGCGUCAAGUACGCCAUGAUCUUCGAGGGCGUAAACGACAUUGGCGGCGCCCCUACCACCCCCGAAGCCCAGAACCAAAUCUACACCUCCCUCAUCCAAGCCUACAAGCAAAUGGUCAGCCUCAUCCACGCCCAUGGCAUUCCUGUAUUUGGCGCAACCAUCACACCCUUCAGUGCCCCUUCCAACUUCACCGGCCAGCCCUACUCGAACCCUGAGCGCGAAAAGACGAGGCAGCGCAUCAACGAAUUCAUCCGUACCAGCGGCGUCUUUGAUGCCGUUGUCGAUUUCGACAAGUUCCUGGCUGAUCCUAAGAUUCCUAGUCAGCUCGCGCCCCAGUAUGAUAGCGGUGAUUAUCUUCACCCGGGACCGGUGGGUUACGCGCACCUUGCUGAACAGUUUCCUGUUGAGAUUUUCGCAAAGUGGAAGAAUGGUGCGGAUGAAUUUAACUUUGGGAAGUAG